AUGUCGAUAACAAACGCAAACGUCAACGGUAUGAACACAAACCCGAUGAUGAUUCAUCCUUCUUUGGAUACCAAGUAUCAACUGCAUCGCGGGUUCAGCACUAGCUCCGAACAGCUUUCUACUGUAAACCCAAGCAACGGGUCACCAACCCAUGUAAAUGGCGCAGCCAUACCUCGCCAUCAUUCUGAUCAUAGUGGAUCCCCCCUGAAUCUAUCGUCGGUGUUGAACACCCUUUCGAUCAACUCAGGUAACCAACCUCAAACUCCCUCGAUGGGGAUCUAUCUGUUGAAGUUGCGUAACGUUCCCUCUGAUAUAAAUUUAAGGGAAGCCCACGCCCUAUUCGCAUUGGCUCAUGGUGUAUUGUCCAUCGACGUUGUACCUAGUGAAGAUAGCCAACCCUACAUUGUGGCAAAAUUCGAGUCUCAACAUUUGGCAUGCCAAUAUGCAUCUAUUCUCAACAUCAAGUCACAGAUAUUUGGCCCCAUGUAUCCCUUCAAGGUCUCAGUGGAGGUUAUUGAUGAAUUGACGAACCAACAACUGUUCUUUCAAACGAACUCUCCACAACUUCAACCGCAGCUCAACACCAACUCAUUCCAACUUCCUUCAUCGGGGAGUGUGUCAUCUAAUGUUGCUCCAACACUGACCUCUCCACCUCAAUCAUCGAGUAGGAAGAGACCUAGUUUAUUGGGUCAACGUUCAAGGUUCUCGUUCUCGGAUCCAUUCGGUAACGAAAACCCACCUUUGGCUCCGUUACAGGCAACAAGUCAAACUCCAUUCCAGAAUAUUGAUGCUGGCAAAUCAUUCUUAUUAAUGGAAGGAGACGGAAUUAAUGAUACUAUUUGGGGGUCAAACCCAUCUCUUACUGCUAAUGUGAACAAUAUUGUGGCUGGUAACUUCAAUCAGCAAGCUCAACCUCAAUCACAACAACAAGCUCAAUCACAACAGCAGCAACAGCAGCAACAACAACAACAGCAGCAAGCGCAGUCACAACAACAACAGCAGCAGCCAUCGCAGCAACCUCAACCGCAAUCCCAACCACAGCAAAUUGUUGACUGGUCCAAUUCCAAAUCGGCCGGUGCCAGAAAAACUAGUGGUUCUAUCUUUGCUGGUCCUCAACAGGCUAAUGCUAGCGUGCCUGCUUUACAAUCCACUCCUGAUGGAAACCCUCAACUGACUGUGUCUCAGCAGAUUAACGGCAGAUCAUCUGCUUCUAUUUCAUCGAAGCCUGUGACACCAACUUCAUCCACCUCGCAUACUCCACACAAAUCAGGUAGCAGAACAAACAUUAAUAACAAUCCAUCUUCGGGUAUUCAUAAUGCUAACAAUAGCGGUAACAUUAAUAGCAGCAGCAACAGCAACAGCAACAGCAACAACAAUUCACAAUCUCAACCGAUUGCAAGAAGUGUUGCUAGUGUUCUUCAGAACACACCUGGCAUAUCGCAAGUCGAUCUAUCUCUGUUAGCAAGAGUCCCACCACCAGCAAAUCCAGCUGAUCAAAACCCUCCAUGUAAUACUCUAUAUGUGGGUAACCUACCUCCAGAUGCUACUGAACAAGAGCUACGACAAUUAUUUGGAAGCCAGAAGGGUUUCAAAAGACUUUCUUUCAGAAAUAAAAACAACAAUAACAGUGGGCACGGUCCUAUGUGUUUUGUUGAAUUUGAAGACGUUGCUCACGCUACUAGAGCCUUGGCAGAACUCUAUGGAAGUCAAUUACCAAGGCCUGUUGGAGCCCACAACACUAAAGGUGGAAUUAGACUAAGUUUCUCAAAGAAUCCUCUAGGUGUUCGUGGUCCAAAUAGCAGAAGAAGUGGCAGCAGUGGCUCUGGGCAAUCAGUUUCUGGUCCCAAUAAUGCUCAAAGCUCUAAUGGUAUCAGCACGAACCCCAGCUCUACCAGCAACAAUAAUAAUGGUAGUGGCAGCAGCAGUAAUAUUGCGGGUUCUUCAGGUAAUAAUAACAACAUUAAUAAUGGCAGUAUACCUAAUGCCGCUAAUGAUUUAACGUCAAAUUCUACCGCCAAUUAUUCUUAUCUAAAUGCGUUUUCCAAAUGA